CUCAGAGGCCAGACUGAGGCUAAUGGCGGCGUCCACUAAACAGAGCGUUGGGGGCGUUGAGGAGGCUGUGGCGGAACAGGAACCGCGAGUUCUGGAACCCGGGGCCGCCCCAUUCGGAAAUUUCCCUCAUUAUUCCCGCUUCCACCCUCCAGAGCAACGGCUCCGCCUCCUGCCCCCAGAGCUGCUUCGUCGGCUCUUCCCUCAGGGUUCCGAGACGAAGCCGAUUCUGGGGCUCGACGUGGGGUGUAACUCCGGGGAUCUGAGUGUGGCUCUGUACAAACACUUCCUUUCCCUACGUGAUGGGGAGAACUGGUCAGAUGAUUCAAGAGAACUCCGUCUCCUCUGCUGCGACAUAGAUCCAGUCCUGGUGGAGCGAGCUGAAAAAGAAUGCCCUUUUCCUGAUGCCUUGACUUUUAUUACGCUGGACUUCAUGAAUCAAAGGAGCCGGAAGGUUCUCUUGAGCUCUUUCUUAAGCCAGUUUGGACGCUCAGUUUUUGACAUUGGCUUCUGCAUGUCAAUAACCAUGUGGAUUCAUCUGAACCAUGGGGACCAUGGCCUGUGGGAGUUUCUGGCUCACCUUUCCUCCCUCUGUCGCUACCUCCUUGUGGAGCCACAGCCCUGGAAGUGUUACCGGGCAGCUGCAAGGCGUCUCCGAAAGCUGGGCCUCCAUGAUUUUGACCACUUCCACUCCCUUGCCAUCCGAGGCGAUAUGGCCAGUCAGAUUGUGAAGAUCUUGACCCAGGACCAUGGCAUGGAAUUAGUAUGCUGCUUUGGCAAUACCAGCUGGGACCGCAGCCUUCUGCUCUUCAGGGCAAGACAAACCACAGAGACUCAGCCAAUCCCUGAAUCACUGAUAGAAGAAGGGAAAGAAAGGGACAGAUUAAGAGUCUGGAGAUAGUGAGAUGAGAGGGCAGGAAGACCAGGAAAGAGAUAUUGAAAGGUUUUAUACUGAGAAUUAAGUUCAUUCUCCUUAACUCCUCAACAGUUAGGCUGCUUCAAAACCUGCUAGAAGCUUGUAAAAUGUCCAAGACAUGCAAUUGAAAGAAUCAGUUCUCUGUUCUCCAUUGUUUGGGAUAAUCCUGGAAGAGUAUCUGUGGAGCAAAGCGCUGGGCUAUCUGGAUUGAGAUGCAUAGAGCAAGGGGCCCUGCUGCUGGGCUAUGGAAGGGGCUGCUUUGGGUGGUUAUUUCUAAAGACCAGGCUAGCCUUAGGAUGUAUCCGUUCCCUUGGCCCCUUGAAUCUGAUCUGGCUUCUUCAGGCUUCUUCUGGUCUUUCUCCUCCUGCCUCCAAGGAAAACCUCACAAAUAACCUGGAGAGAAGAGACAAUGGCCUGGCUGAAGGAGAGGAUUAGAGGAAACAUCAUAUCUUUCCAGAGCAGGUCAAGUCUCCAACAUGACCAGGCUCAGUUACAGAUACUAGUCAAGAUGCUUUGGCUGGCAUUUAAAAGAUGUAAAUUAUGAACCCCAAAUCCAACUGGCACAAAUGAAAUGAAGUGGGAUUGUAUAUGAUAUAUAUAAUUAUAAUAAAAAUGAUAAGUGUGGUUGAGAAUGCCCUGUGAAUCUGGGAGAGAUAAGAAACUUCUGCUUUUACCCACUGCAUCCAGGGAGGUUUCAGCUCAAGAAAAAGAACCUCACCCAAGCUCAGAACAGAAGACAAGCCAGUGAAUAAGUUAAUUCAGGACUUUUUUUGUCACGAUUCUUUGCCAAAGCAUACCAAUAUGGAGGUGGAGGACACACACUAGUGUGGGGUGGGAAUAUGUGCAGAGAAACAUGCGUAAAAUGUAGUCUACAGUUGGAUGCUAGAGCAUAAAUGCUGGGGUGGGUGUUGCUGGCGUCUAUCAGGUUUUGAUUUUUAAAACGCCCAUGAGUUCAGUCCAGAGGAAAGUGGAAGGUGGAGAAAGAUUUGUUUGGUGAAGAGAAGAUAGAAAAACAAAACAUACCUAGCUAAGAAGGGAGAUUGGGUUGAUAAGCUUCAAAAUCCCUACGAUCCUGUUAUUUUCUGAAUUGAAGUUAUAGAAGGAGCAGGGAACAAGAGAGUCUAGACUACCAAUUACACGUUGGACCUAGUAAUGAAGAAGUUACGUAAACGUUCCUGCUAAGGAAUUUGAACUUGAUGCAAGAGAGAGCAGAGGCCACUGCUGACCGUAAACAGCAGGAACAUGGUAGCAAAACCUUCACUUAGGAAAACCAGUUUUUCUAUUUUGUGCAGGCUAAUUCUGUUGGUUGGUGCCUUUUCAAUCCCAGUUAGACUCCGGUACUACUUUUCAAUCUUUUUAUAUUGCUGCUCAUCACUUUUAUCCCAGUGACUUUUCCAGACUUUUACCCUUCUACUGGCUCUUGACUCUGUCCUUGCUCCAUUAAUCUAAGUAGAUGACCUAACUGCCCACUAGUGCCAUUCUUGUUUGCUGUGUCAGGAAGUCUUGAACGUCUUUAUCUUCCCUCGUUUUCACUUCUACCUUCCCCGUGAGCUUUUACCUAAAUAACUUCCCCCUGAGUUCUCGAUCCCAACCUCUACGACCUCGCCCAGAUCGUGCUUUAUGGAGGAUCCCUUUGGUGUCUCUUUGGCCUUAUUGACUCCUUCCUGUCAUCUUACCAACAUGUUCAAUUCUCUCUCAUCUUCAAAACCACCAAUUUUUCCUGUGUCCUUUCUCCUCCUGAAGGUUAUGCAGUAUUUCCUCUAUCUCUUCACCACUAAACGUCAGCAAAUCCUUUGAAAGAAUAGAUCCCACAGCUUCUGCUCCCUCAUCCAUCAAUAACUACUGAAAUAACAAGUCUGGUCUCUUUUCAGUCUUCCUCCUGGGCCAUGACCAGUCAACACUAUUGACCCCUUCUUCUUUGUUUGAACCCCUCGUUCUCCCUUAGUUUCUCCACCAUACCUCCUUCCCUUUAUUCUCUUCCCAUCUCUUAGUUUCUCACUAUGUCUUAAGCAAUUGGUUCAGCUUUUAAUUUACAUAAGAGUUACCUGGUGAGUCCUGUAUUCAUCUCUAGAAACAGUGAUUCAGGUCAGGCAUGGGGCUUAGGGAUCAGUUUGGUUUGGUUUCGUUUGUUUUUUUGCAUUUUUUAUUGUAAAAUAUACAUAACAAAAUGUACCAUUUUAACCAUUUUUAAGUGCACAAUUCCAUGGCAUUAAAUACAUUCACAAUGAGGAAUCUGUUUUUGACAAACUCCUCAAAUGAUUCUGACACAAGCAGGCAUAGACCACCAUGAGGGGUCCAUCCAGCCCUCUUCCACAUAUUUUUCUCGAGUGAGUUCCUCCACUCCCAUGCCUUUAACAUCUACGUAUAUGCUAAUAACCCCAAAGUAUAUUGGUAGCCCCACCUCCACAAUUCCAGACUAAUAUUUUUCCUGUUUUGUAGUCAUAUACACCUAGAUAUUUCUU